GGAAAAUGAAUAAGCUCGCAAUGCAUAAGCCCUUUAUCUCAAAUACCACUACAGGACUACGAACUCCUCACCAAAAAUCGUCCAAGGAGGAUGCUCUAAAACCAAACAACUCAGUAGAGGAACCUUGAAGUCCUAUCAAGGUAACUAAACAAAGAUUUUCAAAAACCAAGAUGGGCUUGAAUAUGAAAAAUGUAUGCAGAAGUAUAGACACGAACUAUCUAGACUCGUACCAAGCAAUGAUAGAUUCGCAGAGCCCUUUCAAAACUCCGAGUCUCGUUUCCAACAGAGUCGAAAGUACUGUUAAUGUGAAGAGAAAAACAGUUAGAUCGAAGACCAAAUAAUAAUAAAGCUAUUGAAACCAACAAUAAUGGCUACAACAGCUACCAGUAUGGGGAUACUUUACAGUCAAAGAAGAAGUUGACUGCUCCUGAUUCAUCGCUCUUUGACCCCAGUCUUGAACUCUUCAAACAAACUGGUACAGGGAAGACGAAGAGAGCAGGUACGGGAAAGGGAAAUAUUCGCAAGCAAAAGACUAUAGUUAGUUCUAAUAGGAAAGAGAGUAAGAAUAAAAUAAAAGAAGCUAGAUUCACGAAAUCUAUUAACUUAGCUACUUCUAUGACACCAAAGGAAAUCAAGACAGACUCUUUGUCUCAACUUGAUGAUUAUGGAGCCCAAGGAAGAAAAUUUAGAGGAAAGAACACAAAGUCUUUCUCCUCUUCCAAAACGUCAGUAUCAGGUAUGCUGAACGAAAAGGUCCCUUCAAGGAACAACUUGGUGGAUCGAUAUAUGGAAGUACUCACUAAAUCUAUAAAACAAGGGAGGGAUACAAAAACUAUUGAAACACUAAAGCUUCUUCUAUCCCACUUUAUGAGGAAAAUAAAUAACCGUUCUGAAAUAACUACUGUGAUGCAGAAAGUCAAGGAUGAUCCACUAAUUUCCCCUUCAAGGAAGCUUAAUGGAAAAGAAGUAUUUGAGUUGAAAUAGCUCUGUAUCUAUUUCAUUACGCAAGAAGUUUUCAAACCGUGAUAGGAACAAGGUUAAUCGAGCAAAGAAUAAACUGGACAAGAGUAAAAAUUCUGCACAUCGGACUACAAGAAAACAUGUGCCCAAAGAAAUAGAAUUUACCCUGAAUGACUCAGCUGAGAAUUCUAGCCAUAUCGAGCUGAGACUCCCUGAUCAUACUGAAGAGAUAGAUCGGAAAGGGAAUUAUAUUCACAUUACUAAAGCAGAGUUUGAUCGAGAGGAGAAUCAGUUCAAGACUUCUAAAACACCUAACGAGUUUGACCAGGAGAGGAAGAAAAUAGAGUAUAAAAGUUAUAUUAUUCGUAAGAAGACCAAUGAGAAGCCCCAUUUCACUGUUUUCUCGCCUAACAAAAGUCCUAAGAAGUACAAAUUUGACACGAUUAGAGGAUCUUGUAAAAGUGACUUAAAGAAAAAGAACAAAUCUGUCACUGAGAGAAGACCUCGAGAGAAGAGACGCAAGCAGAGGAAAAUCCUAGAUCCUGUCAUUGAGGAGCAAGAAGAUAGAAAACAAGAGAAAGGAUCCAGUCCUCAGAUGUUUUACAACACGCCUGCUACUGAGAAGAAAAAUACUAGUUCUGAUGCUCUAACUCAUAAUGCAGAAAUUAUGGAAGAGCUUGAUAACCUUAAGCACCGUCUUAAGAGUGUUUUUAAGUCUUUAUCUCAAGAAAGGAGUCCACAUGAUAGAGUUCCAGCUUCAGCAGUGAUCAACCUGAGUGCAGAAUAAUCAGUGAAAUUUAUAACAAA